CUAAGAAAAUUAUAAGGUCAUUUGAAUUACGCUUGCUAGCGAGCUUAACGGCUACAAUGAACCAAGAAAUGAUAUCAAUGAUUGUGACAAUGAACGGAUGAUGAUCGUGGGGUCAAAGUCGACACUCGCAGUCAGGAGUAUUUGACUCCCGGCCCACCGGGGGAGAGGAGAGCAGCAGCUCGUUGUGUAUUACAACAGGAGGGGAUCCCGGUGCGUGUGUCUGUCUCUGCGUGCGUCUCUCUGAGCCUCUGUCAAGCCAAGCGAGCGGCGGUGAGCAGCGGACAGGGCGACCAGGCUGGCCUGUAAGCCGAUCAGGAGGGAAUCGCACACAACGAGUUUCACGUUUGGGAUUUCAUGCUGUGAUAGAGGAGUGCAAGGAUGAUGCGUCUAUCGUGUUCCACAGCCCUGCUGUUCGUAUUGAGACUGCUGGUGGGCUUGCCUUGGUACCAGGUUCUCCCGGCCAUCCUGAUCUUCUACCUGGGAAGCGGAGGAUGGAGCUUCCUGCACGUUUUUGCCAAAACAAUUGGCAGAGACUUACAUGCGGCCAUUGUGCUAUUGAAGGUGAAGAUGAAUGUCAGACGUCACCUCAAAGAGAAAAACACCAUUCCCAAGAUCUUUGCUGAAACUGUGCAACGCCACGGGGACAAAACAGCUCUGAUCUUCGAGGGGACCGGGGAGAAGUGGACCUUCAGACAGUUGGACGAAUACUCAAACAGAGUGGCCAACCUGCUGCUGGAACGGGGCUUCAGGGAUGGCGACGUGGUGGCCCUUUUCAUGGAGAACAGGUCCCAGUACGUUGGCCUCUGGCUGGGCAUGGCUAAGAUCGGAGUGGAGGCCGCUCUUAUCAACUUCAACCUGAGACUGGAGGCCUUAGUCCACUGUGUCACCAUCUCCAAUGCCAAAGCUGUGGUGUAUGGCUCGGAGCUGAAUGAUGCGGUGUCUGAGGUCCACAGUUUAAUGGGAAAGAAGGUGCAGUUGUUCUGCUCAGGAGACUGGGACCCCAAACGUGUCCCGCAGGGAACCGAGUGCCUGGAGCCGCUGCUGGACGCCGCUCCCUCUCACCUGCCAAGCCGGCCGCAACGCUGCUUCACAGAUCGCCUGUUCUACAUCUACACGUCGGGAACCACUGGGAUGCCUAAAGCUGCUAUUGUCGUGCACAGCAGGUACUACCGCAUGGCAGCUUUGGUUUAUUAUGGCUUUAGGAUGACUUCAGAUGAUGUGCUCUAUGAUUGCCUUCCACUCUACCACUCUGCAGGUAACAUUGUGGGAGUGGGCCAGUGUAUAAUCCAUGGCAUGACGGUAGUCAUCAGAAAGAAGUUCUCCGCCUCACGUUUCUGGGACGAUUGUGCCAAGUACAACUGCACCAUUGUGCAGUACAUUGGUGAAAUCUGCCGAUACCUGCUGAACCAGCCAGUCCGGGACAUGGAGAAACAGCAUCGGGUGCGCAUGGCACUCGGCAACGGCCUGCGCCAGUCCAUAUGGGAGGAGUUCAUGAACCGCUUUAAUAUCCCCCAGAUCGCAGAGUUCUACGGAGCAACAGAGUGCAACUGCAGCCUGGGAAACUUUGACAACAAGGUCGGAGCGUGUGGCUUCAACAGUCGCAUUCUGCCCUUCAUCUACCCCAUCAGACUGGUGAGGGUAGACGAGGAGACAAUGGAGCUCAUUAGGGGACCUGAUGGCGUCUGUAUUCCCUGUAAACCCGGUGAACCUGGGCAGCUAGUGGGCCGGAUCAUCCAGAAUGACCCUCUCCGGAGGUUUGAUGGUUACGUCAACCAAUCAGCAACCAGCAAGAAGAUUGCUCAAAGUGUUUUCAAGAAGGGGGACAGUGCUUAUCUCUCAGGUGAUGUGCUUAUCAUGGACGACUACGGCUCCAUGUUCUUCAAAGAUCGCACAGGAGACACUUUCCGCUGGAAAGGAGAGAACGUCUCAACAACAGAGGUGGAGGGGACUCUCAGCAGGCUGCUAGACAUGAAAGAUGUAGUUGUGUAUGGCGUGGAAGUACCAGGAGCAGAGGGAAAGGCUGGAAUGGCUGCCAUCGCUGAUCCAUCUCACUCCACUGACCUGGAGAAGUUUGUGAAGGACAUGGACAAGGCUCUCCCUCCGUAUGCCAGACCUGUGUUCCUUCGCCUCCUGCCAGAGGUUGACAAGACAGGAACGUUUAAGUUUCAGAAGACAGACCUGCGUCGGGACAGCUUCGACCCCACCAUGGUGUCAGACAGACUGUACUUCCUGGAUUCCAGGAGAGGUUGCUAUGUACAGCUGGACGAGGAACUUCACCGCUCCAUACUGUCAGGGGAAAAGAAAUUGUGAUGAGCAAGCUGACAACUACAUCUACACAUGAACAGACACACACACACACACACACACUCACACAGAUACAGAAAAGAUGAUAUUUUGUGACCAGCAUAGCAGAAUGCAGGACCUUGUCCCCAUAAUACAAAACAUUUAAAUUAACAGCCAUACUCACUCCUUGCACCCGUACUCAAAUGCCAACACAUUUACACACACACACACACACACACACACGUAUUCCCGCAAAUCACUUUGCUCUUUAAAGUCUCUAAGAUCAGACUUGUGCACGCCACACACGCAGCAUUACUCCAUCCGUCCCCGGCAACUCCUCUCGCUACCUCAGCAAAAACAGAGAGAGGCACAAACCCAGGAACCAGGUCUCUUUGGUAACUUGAAACGUCUCUUCAGAGCCACACGAUCCCUAUCCACACCCUUUUCUAACAGACACGCCUCUUCAUCCCGGUCCGUCAAACCACCAUGUGAUGCUGGGGGACAAACGGAGCGCAGGCUGCCUGGCAUUCUGAAUGCAAAAUACUUUUAAACCACAGAUAUCAACAGACUUUGAGGAUGCUGAGAAGGAGCCUGGACAGAAAGUGUGUGUGUGUGUGUGUGUGGGGGAAAGCAGAGGGACCUAUGAGUACCUAAACUGUCUCUCUGUUUGAUGUUUUGUGAGAGACUGGAGACACUACCGUCGACUUCACGUGCACAAUCAGCCAGCAGUGACAAACCUGUGUGAUUUUUUAAAAAUCAGCUUUCCUCUAUCUGAGGUUAUGAAGGUUUUUCCCCCGGGCCAUCGUACUGUAGAGCUUGAGAUUAAAGGAACAACAAUUUGAUUGGAAAAGCUUUUGACAUGUAACCUACAGUUACAGAAGUUAAAUCAGACCAGUGGUUGAAGCUGAAAGAGCCACUGAAGUGCAAUAGGACUCCAGCGUUUGCAGUGCAAUAAUCAGCCGCACCACAGGAGAGCUGAUAUAAAACAAAGCUUUGUAUUUAAAUACGUCUGCAUCACACCAAAUAUAUUUAAGUUGUAGUGGUUGUUUACAUAUUUAAGAGAAUAUGAUCUUUAGUAAUUUAUGUCGAUGAAAGAGCUUUCUCUUUGUGUUAUAGUGCAGAUAUAUCAGGUAUUGUUUUGCUUUACGUUUAUCCAAAUCCGUGUGUCAGUAACUGUUGGACUCCUCAAAAAUGAAGCUGCAGAGUGCAUUUUAUAUCAGCUGCUGGAAAACAAAGUGAUGAUUCAACCCUGCUGAGCCUACAUGCAGUGUGUUUGUGCGGCUGUAUUGUGCAGGUUUGGUCCUAAAGGUAGACUAAUGACGGUGUGUCUGUGUGUCUGUGUGUGUGUGUUCUUCUGAAAACAUGAAGAGGACUUGACUGAAGAUAGAGAAGCACCAAAUCGCCUGAUCAGCGAGGACUUGUGUUUUCAACUUUGUUCCGGUGCUAAGAGGGAUGUUUUGCCACAUUCAAGAGAGCCGAAAGAUCCAAAGAUAUGAACGUGGAAGUGGGGGGGGGGGACUUUGUCACGGUGGAGAGUGCAUUUUAAAUGGAACGGUAGAAGAGGGGGGAAUGUGCUUCGUCGUCAAUGUUGUUUGCAGUAGCUGUCAUCAGAGGUUGUAGCAGCAUGAAUGAGCAUCAUCAACCACACAAGCAGAGCACUGUGCCUUACUGUGAGUUCACCUCCCAGAUUCACAGGCCCUGGCCCACACACAUUCUCAUCUUUCUCCCCUUGCUGGACUAAUUCCUGGGGAUGCACGAUAUGGAUUUCUUUCCUGCUAUUUAAGGCCGAUAAAAUAAUCUAUGAUUUCACAUUUUUGUAUUUUGAAAGUUAAGGCUUAGAAAGGUGUAAAGGGCAAAGAAAAUGUCAUAUUAAACCGUGUCUAACGAAACCUAAACUACUAAUCCUUACGUGCACGAGGUUGAGGUCUUUCUAAACUUGACUUUAAUAGAACAUAAAGCCUAAAAACGUUUUGCUUAAGAAUUCUAAAUAAAUGAAUGUCGAAACACACAAGUCAACGUAUUUAAACAUAAGCAAAUGAACUAAUUUAGGUAUAGGAAGAAUACACAAUAUCAUUUAUUUCUAUUAUCUCCCAGUCAUUUAUCGGCCCGACAUUUAUCAUGCAUCCCUGCUCGUCUCAUUCAGCUUCUAUCUACUAUCUUCUCAUUUAUCUGUCUUGAAGUUCCCUGUCUUAGUAGCUUCAGAGAGCAGGCCUAAAUCACGGGAGCACAUUAUUUUGAAAAUCCAGGGCAGUCCAACCACUGUCGCCUGCAUCCUGCCAUCUUUUUUGGUAUGCUGCCCAUCCAAGUUUCCUUUUGCUUUGCACCUUUAAUUCUAAGCCUAUCAUGUGUCUGCCCACCGCCCCAAUCCUCUUUAUUCAUCGAUCUCUAACCUCUUCCCUCUCUUUUCCCGUGAUCUUUCACCCCUUCUCUUCAAGCUGGCACCUCCUGUUAGAUCCUCGGCUGUCUCUGUCAGACACCAGUCCUCCGUUCUCCACCAUGUAUGCAUUGUCUUGCUGCGAUCCUGUCAGACAAUGGUCGCUAUUUCAGAUAUUUCCUGGGUGGAGUUUGAUGGAGGAUUUUUUUGAUGAAUUCUUGGCUUGGUCUGAUAACAUAAAAGCUCCAACUACACACUCAAAACUUUUCUCAUGUAUCUUUUGUGUGUUAAGCAUAGUCUGCCAUUACCCUGUGACUUGUUGUCUUACUCUUGCACCACAUCCCAACUCCUGUCCACAGUACAGCCAGGCUGCCAUGGUGUAGCUGACCUAUUAUUCACGAGUUGAUUUCCUGCAUCGCUUAGGCUCAUUUGGCUCCUGCAGGUUGAUUCUCGAUACGUUCAAACAGCUCUGCUUCCUUUAUACUUUGCACUUACACUGUUGACUGUGACGGUUCGUCGUAGAAGUCGUUCUGACCUAUAAUUUCCCUGUUUGGAGGGGAAACUCCAACAAAGCUGUCUGACAAAUUGAGACUCAUUCCUGCUUCCUCUGUGGUGCAAAGAGUCCCCCUCUCACUUGUAUUUAUUCUUUAAUGAUGAGUGUGAAAUGUUCUUUCAUGAAUGUCUGAAAAGGCGAAUGAGCGACCAAUGACGAUGAUGUUGUAAAGUAAAGUGUGAUUUACGUAUCCAUGGAAACACAGUUUGGCUGUUAUGAUGCGUGUGGCUGACCCACGGCAGAGCACUCUGAAUAAGAUGUUUCCAUUUUCCACGUCUUCUUUAUUUUUUUUAAAGGAGUUAAAAUUAUUAUUUUUAUUAUUAAGGAACUGUUAAUUAUACUUUGAUUGUUUCACUGCUAUAUGUGUUUGCUUUUGUUUUCUUUGCGUAAAAUCAAAGCUUUUGUGAUUGGAUUGGCGGGAUUCAUGCAUGAGAAGACAAUCGAAUGGCAGGUGUUUCAACUGGUGUAGAAAUAUAUGAAAUUGAGUUUUCACAGCUAAAAUUUAUUUGAAAAGUAGAUCAUUUAAUAUAUAUCAUGUAUUGACGAUGUGAGACCACAGGGGGCCGCUGUGUCCUUUCUCAGAAAAACGCAUACAAGUUUCCAUGCCAUCAUUUUAAUUUAUUCUUUAAUGUGGGACGUUUUCUUCACCAAAUCACUUCAUCCUGAACAGAUUUUCAUCAGAGACAUGACAGGUCUUCAGAUACAUAAUUUUUUGACAAAUUAAAUCAAUGUAUUACCUGCCCUCUUUGACUGAUAGGUAUCAUAACACACCAGACAAAAACGGCGAUCCAGCAGAAAUCCCUGGCUGAAUAAUUGUUUUUAAAAGCAUUUCUCUGCCCCUCAUGCCUCUGAUCAACAUUUUCUCACGCUUGAACUUCCUGUUUGUUCUGUUUUUCCCUGUCGUGGUCCUCAGGAACAUCAAGCGUUGCUAGAGAAGGAAACAAGUUUGAACACGUCUGCCUAUGUGUGUGAAAGGUUUUUUUUAUUAUUAUUAUUCUAUUUUGUUUUCUCGUUGCACAGCCGGCAGCUUGUGCAGAGUGUGUAGUGGAGGUCUGUGAGGUGUACUGUGUGUGCGAGACACACACACACUGAUGUCCUCUUGUCCACUGAAGGCUUGCUGUAUACAACAUGAAUUUAAAGAAAGCGAGAUAAAAGCAAGUGCUGCAAAUGAAAAAUCAUUAUUAAUAAAAAAUAUUUAAAUUGUUCA